AACCAUCUUCGUCCUGCCUUUGUUCAUCCCUUAUAUGCUAGUAUUAUGAUUCACAUCAUAUACGACUCCGAAGACCAUUUGGAGGCCCAUCUACUUACCACUCUUUCGCGUUUCUCACAGCCCACCAACCCGUUUUCAUUUUGCAAAGUAAUUUCAUAAAUGGUCUGCUUAAAUGAAUGCAUAACAUUCAGCCCCCCUCAACCUCAUCUCACGGAACGUAGCAAUUAGAUGCAUAUUAGGAGGGGUGCCGUAGAAUUAUCCCAUACCUAAGCUAGAAGUAGUAUAUGGUAGUCAUUUUAUUAUUAGCCAUAACUCUAGCGCAGAGAUUUCUCACUCUCUCUCUCUCGCAUAAACACAGGCUAAUGGCAUCCGUUAAACCUACUAAAUCUUGUCUGCAGCAUUACUCCAAUCCAAAGUUCUCUACGUCAGCCCAUUCUCAUUCCGGCUUCAUCAAUUACAGCAAAACCCCAUUGCGAUUCCAAAGAAAUCCAACAUGGAGAAAACUCUCGUUAGAGGACGGAAGAGAAGAGCAAGAGUUUAGAAGAAGAGGAAUCAGAGGCACCUGUUCUUUGGAAAUCAACAAUAGUAUUAGCAUCAGCCAUAUACACAACAACACUAAGAAGCAGAGAGGAGGAGGAGGAUGCGGUGGGGUGGUGAGGUGUACGGCAGAGGGGAUAGAGAGGGGACUGCUGGUGGGGGGAGGAGGAGGAGGAGGAGGAGGGGGGAGAAGUCAAGAAGUUGAGGGGGGACUGAUGGUGGCAGAGAGGUUCAAGGUGGUGGCUUUGGUGGCUUCCAUCAUGUGCCUAUGCAAUGCUGAUAGAGUUGUCAUGUCGGUCGCCAUUGUCCCAUUAGCCGCGCAACACGGCUGGAGCAGCUCUUUCUUGGGCAUUGUCCAGUCUUCAUUUCUGUGGGGAUACAUAUUUUCAUCGGUUAUAGGAGGAGCCUUGGUGGACAAGUAUGGAGGAAAGAGAGUGAUUGCUUGGGGUGGAGCCCUGUGGUCGCUGGCCACUCUCCUCACACCAUGGGCUGCAAAUCACUCCACAGCAAGCCUCUUGGCCGUACGUGCUUUCUUUGGACUUGCUGAAGGAGUAGCUCUACCCUCAAUGAACACUCUUUUAUCAAGGUGGUUUCCAAGCCAUGAGAGAGCUACUGCUGUUGGUAUAUCUAUGGGAGGAUUUCAUCUAGGAAAUGUUGUAGGCUUAGUACUAACUCCUCUAUUGAUGUCAUCCAUUGGGAUUUCUGGUCCGUUCAUCCUCUUCUCAUCUCUUGGACUACUCUGGCUGACUACAUGGGUAUAUCGUGUUACAAAUGACCCACAAGAUAGCAGCACUAUCAGAAAAUCAGAAUUGCGUUUGAUACAAGCCGGAAAAUCUGAUUCUUCGGCAACUAAGGGCAAGCUUCCACCUCUAGGCCUCUUAUUGUCAAAACUGCCCGCAUGGGCUAUUAUUCUUGCUAACGUUACUAACAACUGGGGAUACUUUGUUCUGCUCUCAUGGAUGCCUGUGUAUUUCAAAACUGUUUUUGGUGUGAACUUGAAGCAAGCAGCUUGGUUUAGUGCAGUCCCCUGGGGAACAAUGGCAAUUUCAGGCUACAUUGCUGGGGCAAUUUCAGAUUACUUGAUCAAAGCAGGAUAUUCAUUGACAUUAGUCCGAAAAAUCAUGCAGUCCAUUGGUUUCAUUGGGCCUGGAGUAUCAUUGCUCUGUUUGAACUUUGCCAAGACGCCGGAGGUUGCAGCCGUAUUCAUUACAGCAGCGCUGAGCCUGAGCUCUUUUAGUCAAGCUGGCUUUUUGCUGAAUAUGCAGGAUAUCGCCCCUCAAUAUGCUGGAUUUCUUCACGGGAUAUCAAAUUCUGCUGGAACUCUGGCUGCAAUAAUCAGUACAAUUGGAACAGGAUUCUUCGUGCAGUGGCUGGGAUCUUUCCAAGCAUUUCUAACCGUCACUGCGUGUCUGUACUUUGUUACCACCAUAUUUUGGAAUCUUUAUGCUACUGGCGAGAAAGUCUUCUAGGCGAAGCAGCUCCAGUAUUCAUACUCCAUUAUUCAUAGACUUGCCAAAAUGGUCUGGCGAGCAAAGCAUCAAAACAGAUGUAAAGAUUUUUCCCCAGACUUUGUGUCGAAAAUCAUUUUGCUACACAGAAGAAUUCUAUUCUAUUGCCUCAAUGGCAAUUAUUGUAAGGUCAUACCACAUUAAGUCUUGGAAGAAUGCUGAUAAUUUAUUUUAUUAAUUUUUUUUUUUCAGAUUUUGGUAGGUGAGUUGAAAGGGCCUAGGUUGUUUCUAGUGACGUUGUAUUAUAUGUUAGAGAAACUGGACUGCCACCUUGUCAAUAGUAAAUUAAUGAAGAUGUUUAUUCACCCAUUUUCCCUUAA